AUUCCGGAGCCCUCACAGACAAGAUCAGUACUUAAACGGGCUGAUGCAACGAGUCCAGCCAGUCCCAACACCUACAUCCGAUUCAUAACUACAACGCCGCCCCAUUAUUACUGCGGACUUUGGACGCACAACAGCGUCCAAACACAGUUGCAUCAUUGACAGAAGACGACUGACAAGUUUUCUCUGACGGCGGUGGCGGCCGGGUCGGACAUGAUGCCGGGACAGAUACCUGACCCUUCGCUGGCGGCAGGCUCCCUGCCCAGUCUGGGCCCGCUGGCGGGCAUCUCGGCCACCACUCUCACUGAUCAACUGAAGCUGGCUGACUUCCGUCAGCUGGGCACCAUGCUGUCCCCACUGCAUUUCCUGGGGAGGCUGGGGAAGAGACCGCUGGCCAUUAAGACAGAGAUGGAUGAAGAUGAGGAAAGGAGGAAACGGAGACGAGAGAAAAACAAAGUAGCAGCGGCGCGAUGCCGAAACAAAAAGAAGGAACGGACCGACUUCCUUCAAAGGGAAUCGGAGCGUCUGGAGAUGGUGAACUCCGAGCUCAAGGCCCAGAUUGAGGAGCUCCGUAUGGAGAGGCAGCAGCUAAUGGUGAUGCUCAAUCUCCACCGGCCCACCUGCAUCGUGAGGACUGACAGCGUCAAAACGCCAGAGAGCGAGGCCAACCCACUGCUGGAGCAGCUGUCCGCUGACGACAAGUGAAACCAGGAAAUCAGGGACAGGAAGUCCCUGAAUCCCAGACUAACACCACCGUGGCAGCCAUUAAAAUGAAAACAUAACUGGCAAUACAUUUCUAAACAAGCACUUGAGCUCCAAGCUGAAGACUUUUGGAGACUCUGCCCAAAGAGCUGAGGUUGUAUGGCUUCCUUAGUACUGCUACACGAGCUGGCUCUGUCCAUUGGAAGACUGGAGAUACCCAGUUUCAUCUCUGCAUUAAGUGUUGUUGUUGACACCCACUGUGCCUAGUUGUUACUUCAACCAUCUCUACGUAAAGGGACCAAUGGAAUCAGUAGAGUACGACUGGAAACAACGCUGAGGAAACACACUAAUAUCAAUAUGGUGCUCUGUUACAACAGCCCUGAGUAGAAUGUGUGGCAUUGAUUUGAUGCAGAGGCCCACAAAGGCUUAAUGUUCUGCAGUUUUCCUUUGUAUUCUAGCUGAAAUAUACAGGUGUAGAGUUUUUAGUAUACAAUACUCGAUACAAGUACACCAGACAGAGUAGAGGUUUUUUUUUUUUUUUUUGGUUUGUUUUAAUGUUGAUUUCUAUAAACUGCCUCGACAAUGGCAGUUACCGGUUGAUCCGAUUUGUGGUGACGCUGGCGUCAUGAAAAGCACAUAUACACAAAUGUUUACACCCUUGUUUUUUUUUGGACUUGUUGACUGUCCAUUGUUGUACUUGUUUUAUACUGCUUUGUAUUCAUGAACAUAUAUGAAAUGCUUGUUAAUCACUUGAUGUGAUUUGUCUUUUCGAUCUUUCCAGUCUGUGUCUGUCAUGUUGCGCUGUCAAACAGCUGUGAAAACAAGCAGAAAUCUUAUCAGCUGAGCAGUAUUUCAGUGUCUCUUCUGGACCUGUAUUUGCUAUGUAUGACUCUGGUACCCUGAAUAGAUUAAAUUUUAUUUUCUAACUACAA